UCCAAAACGAAUUAUCUGAUUAACAGUGCGAGUAACACGCUUCGCCUCCUCUUAUCUCUCCCUCAAAUCUAGAGUGAUCGGGUGUUCAGACAUUUAAGUACAGGCCUCGCCGUAGCUUGGUCGCAUUUCAGUCCGAUCGCCACCGCCUGAAAGCCGAGAGACUCCAUGACCAAGGCCAAGAUUUCGCUAGUGCUCAGGCUGCUAGCUGUGGGCUCGACGGCUGCAGCCAUCGCGGUCAUGGUCACCAGCCACGAGACUGCCAAGGUUCUCAACCUGAGCUUCGAUGCCAAGUACAGCUACACAUCAGCAUUCGUGUACUUUGUGAUUGCAGAAGCCAUUGCUGGCGGGUACAGCUUGGUCUCUCUGCUGCUAUCUUGUAAGCCGGUGUUCUGGCGACUUGUGAUGAUGAUGGAUGUGGUCAUUGCAAUGCUCCUGAGCUCCAGCAUUUCAGCUGCAGUGGCAAUAGGCGAGGUGGGCAAGAAAGGGAACAGCCAUGCCGGUUGGUUACCAAUUUGUGGGCAAGUCCCCAAGUUCUGCGACCAGCUCACCGGCGCUCUCAUCGCCGGCUUUGUCGCGGCAGCGAUUUACCUCGUCCUCCUCUUAUGCUCCCUCCGCUCUCUCUUCGCACUCAAACCCUAGGCUCUAGUACUAUCAACUCCUAGCGCGUACUUAAAUUUUUGCAUUACAUAUAUGUAUACUUCUCUUUUCGAUGCUACCCUGUGGGGGCAUGUAACAUGUACGAGUGAGG